AAACUCAGACACAGGCAUGUUUUUGAUGAGUACAAAUGAGCUGAAGGAGUUGAUUACAGAAUCCAGGUGAGAAGGGGCGGAGCUACAAUCAGGAAUCAGCAGUGACACCUGUAAAGUCACAUGGUAAUAGGCGGAAGUGUGGAGCUAAACACGCCGUAGCCAAGGUCCAUUAAGGUCCGAUUCUGUCCGGACUCACAGACGUCUCUAAAGACUUGUGAAGUCAUGUCUCUGACGCAGGUGGUGACCGGACAGUUUGAUGACGCUGAAGAAGUGGAAGUGAUUGACAGAAGCCAAUCAGAGGAGGUGGCACUGAUGAGUCAGAUCAGUGAUGUCACUCUGAAACAGGAUGUGGAAAGUGAGGAAGAGGAAGAAGAAGAAGAACAGGAAGAUGAUGAUGAUGAUGAUGAUGAUGAUGAUGAGUGGGCAUGGUCUUCACCAAGAGGAAAUCUAACAAAAAUACAUAACACAGCCAACUGUCAGUCAAACAGACAGAACUCCACCAAAAAGAUCUCAGGUAUGAUGUCAUCCACGCCCUCAGACAAAGUUCUCAGAAAGUAUGAAAACAAGAUCAACCUGGAGAAACUGGACUUUGCUCACGUGGUCAUCAAUAAAGUCACAAACAUGGAGAAACAGAAGGACGCAGACACGUACAGAGUGAAGGACAAAUCAGAUCGAGCCACAGUGGAGCAGGUCCUUGAUCCUCGCACUCGGAUGAUCCUGUUCAAGUUGCUGAGUCGAGGCGUCAUCAGUGAGAUCAACGGCUGCAUCAGUACUGGGAAAGAGGCCAAUGUUUACCAUGCUAGCUCCCAGGCAGGAGAUAGCAAAGCCAUCAAGAUCUACAAGACCUCCAUCCUGCACUUCAGAGACCGGGACAAGUAUGUCAGUGGAGAGUUCAGAUUCCGUCAUGGUUACUGCAGAGGGAACCCCAGGAAGAUGGUCAGAACCUGGGCUGAGAAGGAGAUGAGGAACCUCAUCAGGUUAGAAAUGGUCUGCCUGCCCAGAAGAACCAUUUAGUAAAUGUCACAUGUGGAUCCGAUGUGUGUAUGUGUCCACGUUCUCCUGAUGAGCUUCAUAGGAACUGACAACGUACCGGCCCCCCUGUUAAAGAAUGCAGCACUGUCCGAGUCAAAGGCCCGUGAACUUUACCUUCAGGUUCUUCAGAACAUGAGAAGAAUGUUCCAGGAGGCUCGUUUAGUCCACGCUGACCUUAGCGAGUUCAAUAUGCUGUAUCACAACGGAGAUGCUUACAUCAUCGACGUGUCCCAAUCUGUGGAGCACGACCAUCCCUGCGCUCUGGAGUUCCUCAGGAAAGACUGCAGCAACGUCAAUGAGUUCUUUGUGAGGAGGGGAGUGGCUGUGAUGACAGUGAGAGAGCUGUUUGACUUCAUCACUGACGUGUCCAUCACUCAGCAGAACCUGGACCAGUAUCUGGACAAGGCCAUGAGCAUUGCAGUCCAACGCACAGAGCAACAGAGGACGGCUCAGGACCAGGUGGACGAGGAGGUCUUCAAGAAGUCCUUCAUCCCCCGAACCCUGACAGAUGUCAGUCACUACGAGAGGGACGUGGAGGUGAUGAAGGCGUCUGACCAAACAGGAAGUGAUGUUAAUAUCCUGUAUCAGACUCUGACUGGACUGAAGAAGAACCUGUCUGGAGUUCAGAUGGUUCCUGCUCUUCUGGAAGCUGAAGGUUCCUGUUCUUCUCCAUCUCCAUCAUCAUCAUCAUCAUCAUCAUCAUCAGAUGAAGAGGAGGCCUGCACUCACCAGCAGCAGAUCCUGGAGACACCCUUGGACAAGAAGGAGAAGAAGAAACAGAUCAAAGAAGCUCAAAGAGAAAGAAGGAAGAACAAGGUUCCAAAACACGUGAAGAAGAGGAAAGAGAAGGUGGCAAAGAUGAAGAAGGGCCGAUGAAUGAUGUCAUUGAUACUUCAUCCAACCACAACUGAGAAAAGGGCUGAACUGUCCCUUUAGAUUGUUUUUAACAAAUUAAAAAAGUCUUUUUCAGACAUCA